AUGGCGGCCGCCGUGGGUGAGGGGAGCCCGGCGGGGCGGGCUGGCGGCGCCGGGACGGCCGCGGACAGCGGGGCAGGCAGCGCCAUGCCGGCCCUGCCCGGCUUCGACAGCCCCGACGCCUUCGUCAAGUACGCCCUGGGCACAGUGGUGGCUGCGACGAAGGCGUCCAAUGGGCUCCCCCAGCCUGGCGACGAGUACGAUUUCUACCGCAGCUUCCCCGGCUUCCGCGCCUACUGCGACACGCAGGGAGACCGCCUGCUCCGCUGCAUGAGCCAGGUGAUGCAGUACCACGGCUGCCGGAGCCUCCUGAAAGAUUCCAGCAAAGUGACAGGGCUGGAAGACAAAUUUGAUCUGCUGGUUGACUCCAACGAUGUCAUUCUAGAAAGAGUGAGUAUUUUAUUGGAUGAAGCAUCCGGAGUGAACAGAAACCAGCAGCCAGUGCUGCCAGCUGGGUUACAGCCCCCACAGAUGAUCGUUUCCAGCUGGAACCGCAAGGCAGGAGAAUUCCACAAGAGAACUCAGUCUGAAACCUUCCGGCUGCUUCACGCCAAGAAUAUCACUCGACCACAGCUUAAGUUUCGGGAAAAGAUUGACAACUCCAACACUCCCUUUGUCCCUAAACUUUUUAUCAAGCCAAAUGCUUUGAAACCUUUGCCUGAAGCCCUCACAAAAAGUGGACGGCAGCGAAAGGAGCGCCCUGAGGACUUGGAUGUGCCAGCUGCCUUGGCAGACUUCAUCCAUCAGCAGAGGACGCAGCAAACUGAGCAAGACAUGUUUGCCCAUCCUUACCAGUAUGAACUGGAGCAUUUCUCUCCACCAGAUGGAGUUCUCAAGAAACCAGAACUCCAGAUGUACAGGCCCAUGGAGGAAACACCCUGUCAUUUUAUCACCACACUGGAUGAGCUGGUAGAACUAAAUGAAAAGCUUAUGAACUGUAAAGAAUUUGCCCUGGAUUUAGAGCACCAUUCCUACAGGAGCUUCCUGGGCUUGACAUGCCUGAUGCAGAUUUCCACUCGAACAGAAGAUUUCAUUAUCGAUGCCCUGGAGCUGCGCAGCGACCUGAACAUCCUCAAUGAGACCUUCACAGACCCUGCCAUUGUGAAGGUCCUUCAUGGUGCUGAUUCAGACGUGGAAUGGCUGCAAAGAGACUUUGGUCUGUACUUGGUGAACGUGUUUGACACUCACCAAGCUGCUCGCCUCCUCAAUCUUGGCAGGCAUUCUUUGGAACACCUGCUAAAGCUGUAUUGCAGCGUAGAUGCUGACAAGAAGUACCAGCUGGCUGACUGGAGGAUACGCCCUUUGCCAGAAGAAAUGAUGCAGUAUGCCCGGGAUGACACUCACUACUUGCUCUACAUCUAUGAUAAAAUGAGGGAGUUGCUGUGGGAGAGAGGGAACGAGCAGCCCACGCAGCUGCAGGUUGUGUGGCAGCGCAGCAGGAACAUCUGCCUGAAGAAAUACAUCAAGCCCCUCUUCACAGAUGAAUCCUACCUUGAGCUCUACAGGAGGCAGAAAAAACACCUCGACACCCAGCAGCUGGCAGCUUUUAGGUUGCUGUUUGCAUGGAGGGACAAGAUAGCACGUCAGGAGGACGAGAGCACAGGGUAUGUGCUACCAAAUCAUAUGCUGUUGAAGAUCUCAGAGGAGCUGCCCAAAGAACCCCAGGGCAUCAUUGCCUGCUGUAAUCCCGUCCCACCCCUCGUUCGCCAGCAGCUUAAUGAAUUGCAUCUGCUCAUUCAGCAGGCCCGGGAGAUGCCUCUUGUCAAGUCGGAGAUUACUUCGACUGUCAAGAAGAGAGCAUCUCUACCCACCCCUGAGAAGCUGGAGAAUGCCCUCUUUGGACCACACGACAGUUCACGGAUUCCUAUGGAUGAUUUCCAGAACAACUCUGCCUUGGAGCCUGCACCAGUUUUGGAAGAUUCUUGUCUCUUCUCAGACAGUGAGAGGACAACAAAUAUUCAAGAUAGUCAGCCAGAGCCAGCAUGUCUUGUUGCUACUGCCACUGUCAGCAUAUUCAGUGAAAGCGAUGGAGAUGAAGGAAAUAAGAGGCCUUUAACCACUGCACAGAGGAAAGCUCAGCUAAUAAUGGAGUCCUUCGAAAAUCCUUUUAAAAUGUACCUGCCUCCAGAGGAGAAUUCUGCCUAUGUCUCACAGUCUGCAAAGUUUGACCCAUCAUCAAAAAUUUAUGAGAUCAGCAAUCGAUGGAAGCUGAUGAGUCAGGCAUCGGUACAGAAGAAACCCAAGAAUGAAAUCAGUAAAAAAGCAGCCCAGGAGUCAGCUGCCCGUGCCCAGGCACAGAAGUUGCAUAAAAACGCAGCACAGAACGUUGUGUCUGUUCGUCAGCAAGCCAUGCAGGAACAAGCUAAUAGGAAGAGGGAAAGAGACACGAGUGAGACGGGAGCGGAGCUGCCAACACAGGAGAAGAAACGGCCAAAACCCCCCCAGCAACCAGAGGAGCUGGAAGCACCGAAGCAGUUUACCCCCUUUGAUUACAGCAAGUCCAACUUCAAAGUGUUUGCAGGAAGCAGCAAAUCGAAGCAGUCGCCACAAUUUGAUCCUGCCAAGCAAGCUUACGCAGGCAAGAAAUUUGCUGGGGCGAACAAACUUCAACAGUCUGGAAACCGGAGCAUGUCCUACCUGGCGGGGAAAGCUGAAAGGGGUUCGACACACCACUGGCCAAAGAGAUAAUCCUUGUUACAGGACCUGUGGGAGUUACUGCUGAAGGAAACAAUAGUUAGAAGUGUUGUCACCACAAGGAGGCAAAGACCGGUCGUUGAGCAGUUUUUGUACAGAAAACAUUUUUAAAACUAUUAAAAUCCUUUUUUUUCCAAAAGGAAAAACGUCUUAAUUGAUGCCACUUUUAUUACAUUCACAUUGGUUUUUUUCUAAUUUUACUCAUAAUAUUGCUUUGUUUAUAAUUUUGAAACUUUAUCCUGUGUCCUCAAACAAAAUUAGGCUGAACUUGUCACUUGUUGGAGUUGCCUGAAGUCCAGAACCAGCAUAUCAACGGAGUAUGAGAGGAACCUCUUGGCACCUCUAAAGGCAGCACAAAAAUAAUAGAUUCAGUAGAUAUGACUCAAACCCCAGCAGUGCAGAGGAGGAAAUGAGGCCAGACUGUCUUUUGUGUCAGACCUUGCUUACAAAUUGAACUGCACAGCUCAACUCUUACAGGACAAGGUAAUAUGAAAAAUGAGAGUGUUUACCUGGCAGUGUUUUUGUAUUUUGAAAGAAAGACUUGAUCCUAAGGGGGGGAAAAAAAGAGUUAGGAUACUUUUGGGAUCUGAGGUCAUAGGAUGAAAGCAACAGCAUUAGCUAGAAGGUAAAACCAGAGUGCAGGGUUGGGCUGGGGAAAGGCAGCAGGUUCUGUGCUGCAACUGAAUCUUUACAGCUAAACUAACAUCUCCAAGUUUUAAAUACCCACAGUGAGUUACCCUGAAGUCUUUGUAGAGAGUAUCAGAAACAGUAUCAGUGUUUGGUGGAUGGAUGACUGAGCUUAUUCUAAUGCUGACCACUGCUGGCUGGUACUGCUGCUGUGCAGAGGUAAGGAACACGACAUUUUAACAGGGCUUUAUUUUACAAAGACUGAGGAGGUUUGGGGUUGACUUUGUUUUCAAUCUCUUCCACUGUUUUUGGGGAGUAGGGAGUGGAAGGAACAGAGGAGGGGUUUUCCUUCUUAGGUAUCUUAGUGUGAACAGUGCCAACUGAGCAGCAUUGUAAUGGUGGAACAGAGUCUCUUUCUGCUCAUAAAGUCUGCUUGCAUGGCUGAAUAUUGGAGAAUGUUUUUGUAAAGAGGCAGUUAAAUAGCAAUUGUCUCUUAAGUGCAUUUGCAGGGGCUGCCAAUUCCCUUCCCAGCUUUACCAGUUCUGGUUAUUUCUGUAACUGGAAGAACAAGAAGUCUUACUAAAAACCACAUUGCCCCCAGGGAUAUUAAAAUCUCUAGUUUAAGUCCUCUACUUUAAGUUCCAUGCGAGGUGACAUUUCAAGGGUGAUCUUAAUUUCAGGAUUUUUCUGGUUUUCCAGAACCAAAUCUGCUUUUGUGACAUCCACACAAUCCCAGGAUGGGUCAGGCUGGAAGGGACCACAGUGGGUCAUCUGGUCCCACCUCCCUGCUCCAGCAGG